CUCGUGGUUUAGUCAGCGGGGCAGGAGUUUUUUCUUCUCCUCCCAAACUUUUCUUACCUUCUCCGAAAGUCAUGACAAGUCUCAGUGUGACUGCACGGAGAGAAGCCAGAAGGGCUGUGUGGAGCAGGGAGGAGGGAACCAGCCUGAACUCCAGCUACAUGAAUUGUUCACUGAGCAGCUGAGAGAGCCAGGUGUUGAUUUGAAGCUGCACACGUGCUGAAAGGUCCCAGUCCUGAAAAAUGACUCAGUCGGUGCAAGUUAACCCAAAGCUGCCUGAUCUGGGCUCUCCAUUCAUGUACUCCAGCCAGGAGGAGGCCGACCAGCCUGGUUCCUACUCCGUCCAGACCCCGUAUGGUUUCCAGCUGGACCUGGACUUCCUCAAAUAUGUAGAGGAAAUAGAGAGUGGGCACAAUCUCCGUCGGGCGCCUGUCAGCUCCCGCCGCCUGGGCCGAGGGGUCAGACACUCCCAGAGGAGCCCGAGUGUAGGUGGGCGUACCAGUGGCUGGACAUCCACAGAAUCUCUUGCGUCCCCAGCAAGUGAAGAUGGCAGAGCUCCUCCGCCACCGCCGCCACGCAACCGCCUCGGUUCAGCACCCUGUGAGGGACUCUCUCUUUCUCCUGUAACCCUCCUCACUGGCCCUCCGCUGUCCGCCGGGGCCAAAGUGCCGCCCCCUCCGCCGCAGCGCAACCCCAGAGUUGAGCGGACUCUUCUGGAAACCAGCCGGCGGCUACAGCAGGAGCAAACCCACCAGCACCACAAUGGCGGGCGGUUCCAGCUCGCGGACCCUCCCAAACAGCUCUUACCCUCCCCAUCCACUCAGCCUCUGCAGAGUAGCUGGACUAAACCCAGUCCUCAGACCUCAGGGCGCAGCACCCCAGCUGCCGGCACUGCGAUGACUCCGAUCCCUCCCAGCCAGCUGCAGACGGUUAGGGAGCAGAUGGCCACAGCCUUGAAGCAGCUGAAGGAGAUGGAGGAGAGGGUAAAGGGUGUUCCUGCGCUUGAGAAAGAGGUGGCCAAGCUUCGUGCAGAGAAAGACAUGCUUCUGUUAGCCCUGCAGGAGAAGAAAGUAGCCAUGGAGGCGGCCCAGCAGAAGCAGCAGUCUACAGAGUCUUCCACCCAAACCACAGAGACUCUUCAAACCCAAAGUGACCACCGUAUCGUCAGUCGAUUGACUUCACCAACCUCACCUGGUGUCAAAGGGCUCGGAAAGUCCAGUGAGCUGAAAAGACUGGCAGAGAAAUUUGAAGUAAAGGAGGAGAAAACUCCCGAACUCAUAUCAAAAGUUUUAGUAAAACCUCCAGAGAAAGUCUCAGUUGUUGAGAAGAAGUCGGUGGCUGUUGGGGAUGACGUACCGAUGGACUCUGUUGUUUUCUACUACAGCCAGGGUGUGAGAGAUGCUUCUGAGGGCACCAAGGUGAAUGUUUGUGAGAAAGGCACGGGAACAGAGACCCCCCUGGUUCACGAGGAGGGGGUACAGACCAGGGUGGAGACAGAGGAGGCUGAGGUUUGGGUCAUGGAGUCACUACUCGGACUGACCAGCGAGGCACAGCGGGAGAUCGACACCCUACAGGACACCAUUAAAUUCCAGCAGGAGACCAUUGUGGCUCUCGAGGACCAGCUGAAUGUGGCCGACAAAGACCUGGGAACGCUCAGAGCCCAGAUGGAGGAGAAAACCUCCAAAGUCACAUUUGAGAAGGGCGUUCUCGCAAAACCAGACACAACAAACGCCCAGGUUGAGACACUGACUAACAUGUUAAAGCAUGCUGCAGUCAUGUGCCGCCCAGAGGUGACUGAUGCAUGCGUAGGCGAGAUUUUAGCGACAGAUCAGAUCGAACGGGGCACCCAGACUGAUGCUUUACAGCAACCAGAGGAGCCAGCUCCUGUUGCACUGGUCAGCACUGGGUGUCAGUGGGAAAACCUGUGUGAGGAAAAGACUGAGGAGCAGAAAGUUACUGUGCCAAAGAAGAGACAGUUGACCAUCGCUGAGUACAAGGUUUGUCCAGAGGAAGAGGUGGUCUGCACGGCUGAGAAGAACGAGGAAGGACAGAAAACUGCGCCCAGCAGCACCAAGACAGAAACAGGUAUGCUGAAAUCAAUCAUGAAGAGGAAGGAUGGGAGUAACUCGGGCGAGAAUCGCACCUCUGGCAAGAAGAGCCUGCAGUUUGUUGGUAUUCUAAAUGGAGGGUAUGAAUCAACAUCCAGUGAGGAGGAAGAGGAAGAGGAGGAGGAGGAGGAGGAAGAAGGGAGUUCUUCUGGAGAAAGUGGAGAAGGUGAGUGCUUGGACAGCACAGAGGAGGAUGAGGCUGCUCUGGAGGAAGAAACGUCUGAGGAGGAGAGAAACGUCAACCUGGACGAGAGCGACACUGAUGAGGAAACUCUGAGAGCUGGGAGUUACUCAUCUGAUGCUGUGAAAGAGAAGUUUGAGUUGAGCUCAAAGAUGCGUGAAGCUUGCCUCAUCCUGAAGAACCACCUGAACGACGACAUUAAAACGCUGAAGAGUAAGGAAGUGCUCUCCAGCACCCACACUGUGCAGCUCGAGUGGUUCCGCAUCUCCAGCGCCAAGAUGGCUCAGCCCUCGCGGGUGUCCGACUACCUGAUGGCGUUUUCUGAGGUGUCGACGGUGCUGCUGGAACACGUGGUCAACAUGACCGACGGCAACGGCAACACGGCUCUCCACUACAGCGUCUCCCACUCCAACUUCGGUGUGGUGGGGCUGCUGCUGGACACAGGUGUGUGCAGCGUGGAUAAGCAGAACAAGGCGGGCUACACGGCCAUCAUGCUGGCUGCUCUCUCUACUGUGAAGGAAGAAGAUGACAUGGCUGUGGUCAAGAAGCUCUUCAGUCAGGGCAACGUCAACGCCAAGGCCAGCCAGGCCGGCCAGACAGCAUUGAUGCUUGCUGUUAGCCACGGGCGUCAGGAGAUGGUGCGGGCGCUGCUUGAGUGCGGCGCUGACGUCAACGUGCAGGACGACGAGGGCUCCACGGCUCUGAUGUGCGCCAGCGAACACGGCCGAGCCGAGAUCGUCAAGCUGCUCCUGGAACAGCCUGGCUGUGACAUAUCAAUCAUGGAUAAUGAUGGCAGCAACGCUCUGUCCAUCGCACUGGAGGCGUCUCACAAUGACACAGCUGUGCUGCUCUACGCCCAUAUGAACUAUGCCAAGACCCAGACUGCUGUGGGGAGUCCAAAGGCCCAGCAGCGAAGCCCCACCAGCCCCCACAAGCCCUGGCCCACAGAUUGACUGGGUCAUAUCCGCUGUCUGAGGUGGACAGACAAGCAAUCAUAACUGGAUAUGAGCUAGGAAAAGCUCCACUGGAAUUUACUUAAAUAUAUAUGUAUUUAUAUAUUGCCAUAUGUCCUGCAUUUAUAAGUAUUGUUAAUAUGAAAAUACUAUUUUUCCAUAAAAGUCGUGAAUGGUUAUGUUAUAUACUUGACCAAUAUGAGCUCCUAGCAUGUCUGAAUGAGGUCCCCCAGCUUUUUUUUUUUCUGUGACAGGAAAUGAGGCCUUACAUUUAUUAUUUGCACUCCACUAAUAUUUUACUGUUAAGGGUAACACACACAGAGGUGGCAUAUGAUGCACAACAGAGAAUCAGCAGCUGUUAUUUUCCAUAUGAGCCCUCACGCUAACACAACAAUAAGGAUCACAGUACACGACUAUCUUAUGGUAAACCUCCGUGUUUAUCAAAUUGACUUCCUGGCUACUUUACCUUCACUUCUUUUUAUUUAACAACAUAUCUGGUGUGUGUGUUGUCCUCUAGUCUACCCUCUCUGUCCUACCUUCGUUAACUGAUCUGUGAACCUCUUCACCUUCAUCGUCUGCACUAACUGUCUGUGCAUUGUAUGUUCAUAUAAAUAUAUACAUAUAUAUAUUCAUGUCUAAAAUAAACAUAUUUACAUAAAAGCUGA